AAAAUAUUGGCGCUUGUCGUUUGGCUGUGUCUCACUAGCGACCUAUUAUUUUCUAUUUUGAACGAACUAUGCGUCUUUAGAAAAACGUUACUGUAGUUACGGAAUGAUAAAUAUCCGUCGCUUACAUAAAGAGCUGCAUACAGAAGAAAAAAGUGCAGAGGACCGCUUAUGGUGCAGAGUUCAUGAGGCUCACAGCCUCAGUGAUACUUCAAUUACUGUGGAAAAACCAUCAUGGCAAACAAUGUGUGCAGCCAUGUAAAAGUGGUAGUUCGGGUGAGGCCAACCAACGAGAGAGAGAAGCGGGAAAACUGUCGAAAUGUGGUCCAGGUCGUCGAUAACCACAUGCUCAUAUUUGACCCCAAAGAAGAGGACAUAUCGUGUUUUGGGGCUCAAAGAGGGAGGAGAAGAAACAUCAACAAGAAGCUUAACAAAGACCUCAAAUUUGUUUUUGACCAAGUCUUCGAUGAGACCUCCACUCAAGAUGACAUUUUUGAGAAUACCACUAAAGCAGUGUUGGAUGGUGUGAUGAAUGGAUUCAACUGCACUGUGUUUGCUUACGGUGCCACUGGAGCAGGAAAGACACAUACAAUGUUGGGCUCACCGAACAACCCAGGGGUCAUGUAUCGAACAAUGAAAGAGCUGUUCAAACGCAUGGACGAUGCCAAGGAAGAGAAAGAGUUUGCUGUCGCAGUCUCAUAUCUCGAGGUUUAUAAUGAACAGAUCCGAGACUUGUUGGCUAAUGUUGGACCUCUUAACGUCAGAGAGGACAGCACUAAAGGAGUGGUUGUUCAGGGCCUCACACUGCAUCAGCCCAAAUCAGCAGAGAGUAUUCUUGAGGCUUUGGAUUCUGGAAAUCGAAAUAGGACACAGCACCCCACUGAUAUGAAUGCCACCUCCUCUCGAUCCCAUGCUGUGUUUCAGAUAUAUCUGAGACAGCAGGACAAAACAGCAAGCCUCAAUCCUAAUGUCUGCAUUGCAAAAAUGAGCCUGAUUGACCUUGCAGGCUCAGAGAGAGCCAGUGCUACUAAUGCCAAGGGGGCACGCCUACGAGAAGGUGCUAACAUCAAUCGCUCCCUCCUGGCUCUAGGCAAUGUUAUUAAUGCUCUUGCUGACCCAAAGAGUAAGAAGGCUCAUAUACCAUACAGAGACAGCAAGCUGACGAGGCUACUGAAAGACUCCUUGGGGGGCAACUGCAGGACAGUUAUGAUUGCCAACGUUAGCCCUUCGUCCAACUCAUAUGAUGACACCCACAACACGCUUAAAUAUGCCAACAGGGCUAAGGAGAUCAAGUCCUCUCUCAAGAGUAAUGUUGUAAGCCUGGACAGCCACAUUGGUCAGUAUGCUGUGAUAUGUGAGAAGCAACGGCAAGAGAUUCUACAGUUGAAGCAGAAACUGAAAGAAUAUGAGGCAAAGAACGUGGCGCCCGGGGCGUUCAACGUGGUCUCUUCACAGAAACAACCAGAGUUCAAAAGGCUAUCCGAAGCUGUGCAGCGCGUCUUCUCAAGCCGUGACCAAAUCAGGCGAGAGCAGCUGGAUCUGGAGAGACAACUGAAGGAGAAUGAGCUGCGCCAGCGCUACAGCGAGGAGGACAACCUGCAGGUCCAAUAUUUCUGUGCCAAAGAGAAGACGGAGAAGGCCACCUGUAAGCAUGAGCGCAAGAUCGCCAGUUUACGCACUCAACAGCUGCACAUAUGCAAACGCCUGAAGGACGCAGAGACGCGGUUCCUGGAAAAUGAUGGUUUGCUUCAUCGUGUUGAGAAUGAAAUUAAGUUGCUGAAGGCGAAUGAUCACAGUUCGGAGUUCUUAGAGAAGGACCUCCGUUGCCACAGACUGGAGCUGCAGGUAAAUGAUCUCAAACAACACAUCAAGCAGAUGGUCGAGCUCACGACGCUUCAGGAUCAGGAGAAUAAGCGCAUGCAGAAAAUGGUGAACAUCUUGUUGCCAGCUUAUAGUCGGCAGUACUCGCGGUUGCGUGGGGCUGGGUUUUCCACGGCCGCCGAUGAGAUGGAAAACCAUGAACUGGAGCACCUUGUGUUGAGGGAGAGAGGCGUGGUCUGGGCCGACCAGGAAGAGCUUGGGCUGAAAGGUGAUGGGAUGAGCGUGGACGCGCAGGAGACAAAUGAGGCCGGAAAUGUCGGGCUCCGCGGCGAGCUGGCUCCUGUCCUUUCUUUCUCACAUCUGCAGUACCACCGGAGUAGCCCCUGCAGUGCAGAGAGACGAACUAGAAGAACAUCAGUGUGUAAUGCGGCUCCAUCACCUAAAGACAGAGGAACUCAACCAGUUGUAAUACAAAACAGACCUCCUCGGAUGCCCAUAAGGAGAAAUUUGUCUACAUUACUACCACCACAAAGCCCGGGGACCACUGCCAAGUCCCAGAUGUUUGAGGAGGGCAUGUUCCCACUUCAGUGCACACCAGAACCUGUUCAAAAAACAGUUCAGGCUCAGUCUCUGAGCUCUUCCAGCAACAUGGAUCCAAACACGACCUUUGAAGUUAUAGACAGCGAUGAUCAAACAGCAAGUAACGCAACCAUCAUAAUAAGCUGUGGUAGUCCGUGUCAAUCAUCAAAGUCCAGAGACGUCUCAAGCCACAGCCAGCUACAGCAUCCUCCUAAAACAACUGAGGGGAAGCAGCUUCUUUCCAAAAGAGCACAGAUCCCGCCUUUGCAAGAUGUGAGACGAGCCAACCCAACCUACAUGGAGAUGACGUCGGCUGCACAAGGAAAACGCAAAUUAAACCGCACCCUCAGAGAAGAGUUAACUCAAGGUUUCUCCGCUCCAAAGCGCAUAAAGAAAGACCCGUCAGUGACCCAGAGGGCACUCAGAGUGCAUCGCUUUGCCGGUUCGGAGAACCAACCCCGCCGAGUUGUCAGGAGUAUUUCAGAAGGAAAUCUUAGCUUCAAAGAAGCUCAGAAAUCCAAGUCCAUUUUCUACAAAACCUCCCAACAGUUCAAACGGGUCACUAAGCGGAUGUGAAGCCACUCCGCGUUUGGCACCAGGCAACAUCACUUUUGUGAAUGUUUAAACUCUGCAUCCAUCUGUUUUUAUCUUUACGUUCUUGUUUUUUUUUUGUCUUCCUCAAGACUUAGGGAAAAAAAGGACGGUCUGUUGUGUAGAUUUCUCUGGCAGGAAUGCUAAUGUUGCAUCGUUUUAUGUUGCUCUUUGAUUCAGUCGAACAGCAUUGAAGUUUUACUUGAUUGUACAUAAACACUGUAGAUAUUUCUCAUCUGUUCAGGUUCCUUACAAACUGACUUGAUUUCUUAGACUUCAUUUAGCUUUUAAGAUGCAUUUCAAACUACUUAUGCACACACUAUGUGUGUAUGUGUAUUAUGCAUGAAAUAAAGAAACAUGUUUUGUGAAUGAUUUUAACGUCUCUAAAACAGUCAUUGUAUUUUAGGUUCCAGGGCAGCUAAGAAAAUGGAAACGGAGCCGUUUUACAUUUUUUUUUGUUUUCAGUGGGGGCUUCUUUUUUUUGUUUUCCAAUCUUGUACAGUUAAUAACAUGGGGUAGGAGACUACAUUAGAAAAGUCUUAGCAGAAUCAUUGACCUUUCAUUCAAUAAAUAAAUCCCUUUCUAAAAUAUAUUAUCUGCUUUUUGUGGCAU